AUGGCUGCCGAGGCACGGCCUGCUCCAGUUGCCGGCAUUGCCAGGCAGACCGGGAUGCCGUGCAGAACCCCGACAGCUGCCGAGACACGGCCCGCUCCAGUUGCCGAGGUUGCCGGGCGGCUGAAGAGACAGCUCGCUCCGCUCGCCAAAUUUGUCAUGGUGCUCGCUUCGCUCGCGUGGUUUCUUACGUGGCCCACCUUCUCAUCCAUCGCGUUGCGACGGCGCAACCAUGCUUAA